GAUGAUCUGCGCCUCACACCCUCCUCCUUUGUGCGACGGCAGUUGGCGGAGCAGUCCCUGCCCGAGUGCGUUAAAUGUGAGGUCCGUAGCACGCAGGCCCGCAGUAGUACCCAGUGACUGACAACCGUUGUUACUGUAGUCCCCGCGGAGGCCUCCUGGCCGCCCCUCACUUCAGUCCCUUUCCCUUGCCCGAGUGCCCUCCGCAGCCGGCACCACCGUCUCGCACCCUCUGUUUUUAUUCACUGCAGCGGCGAAGGCCGGCGCACGGGCUCGAACUUAAAGUCAGGGGUCAGCAUGGAACUCCAGGGUUGCUUUUUGGAUCCUUUGGGUGUUCCCCGGCUAGAUGUGCCCCGCCCCCCAGCACCGGGGUGACAGGGGACGGGAAAGGGAAAAGACACCUCAGCCACCACGACCUACGCCAGACGCCGGGAGGCGGAGUUUUUGGUCUCCGCAAGUAACCCUGCAGUGAAACACCCAGGUGCAUCUACCCGUCUGCUCUGCUGCUUUUGUUCUGUAAGCUGGAUUUGCCAAAAUGGGAUUGACAAGGUCAACAAAUAUCUAACUGCAGCCAUGAGCAGCAAUGAGUGCUUCAAAUGUGGACGAUCUGGCCACUGGGCCCGGGAAUGCCCUACUGGUGGAGGCCGUGGUCGUGGAAUGAGAAGCCGCGGCAGAGGUGGUUUUACCUCGGAUAGAGGUUUCCAGUUUGUUUCCUCAUCUCUUCCAGACAUCUGUUACCGCUGUGGUGAGUCUGGCCAUCUUGCCAAGGAUUGUGAUCUUCAGGAGGAUGCCUGCUAUAACUGCGGUAGAGGUGGCCACAUUGCCAAGGACUGCAAGGAGCCCAAGAGAGAGCGAGAGCAAUGCUGCUACAACUGUGGCAAACCAGGCCAUCUGGCUCGUGACUGUGACCAUGCCGAUGAGCAGAAGUGCUAUUCUUGUGGAGAAUUUGGACACAUUCAAAAAGACUGCACCAAGGUGAAGUGCUAUAGGUGUGGUGAAACUGGUCAUGUAGCCAUCAACUGCAGCAAGACAAGUGAAGUCAACUGUUACCGCUGUGGCGAGUCAGGGCACCUUGCACGGGAAUGCACGAUCGAGGCUACAGCCUAAUUAUUUUCCUUUGUCGCCCCUCCUUUUUCUGAUUGAUGGUUGUAUUAUUUUCUCUGAAUCCUCUUCACUGGCCAAAGGUUGGCAGAUAGAGGCUACUCCCAGGCCAGUGAGCUUUACUUGCCGUGUAAAAGGAGGAAAGGGGUGGAAAAAAAACGACUUUCUGCAUUUAACUACAAAAAAAGUUUAUGUUUAGUUUGGUAGAGGUGUUAUAUAUAAUGCUUUGUUAAAGAACCCCCUUUCCGCGCCACUGGUGAAUAGGGAUUGAUGAAUGGGAAAAGUCGAGUCAGACCAGUAAGCCCGUUCUGGGCUUCUUGAAUAUAUUCCCAUGUAGGAGGUAAAACCAAUUCUGGAAGUGUCUGUGAACUUCCAUAAAUAACUUUAAUUUUAGCAUAAUGAUGGCCUUGGAUUGUCUGACCUCAGUAGCUAUUAAAUAACAUCAAGUAACAUCUGUAUCAGGCCCUCAUAGAACAUACAGUUGGGUGGGAGUAAACAAAAUAAAGACAGACAUGCGUGUUAGUGGCUAUGCGAGAGACAUCGAGAUAAAAGCCUAAACAGGAACAACUUCAUCACAGCGUUGAUGCUGAACGUACAGAUGAUGAUGGCAAAGGUUUAGAACACAUUUUUUCAAAGACUAAAUCUAAAACCCAGAGUAAACAUCGAUGCUCAGAGUUAGCAUAAUUUGGAGCUAUUCAGGAAUUGCAGAGAAAUGCAUUUUCACAGAAAUCAAGAUGUUAUUUUUGUAUACUAUAUCACUUAGACAACUGUGUUUCAUUUGCUGUAAUCAGUUUUUAAAAGUCAGAUGGAAAAAGCAACUGAAGUCUUAGAAAAUAGAAAUGUAAUUUUAAACUAUUCCAAUAAAGCUGGAGGAGGAAGGGGAGUUUGACUAAAGUUCUUUUUGUUUGUUUCAGAUUUUCAUUAAUGUACAUAGUGCAAAAUGCCAUAUUAAAGAGGGGAUUGUGGAGGACUGAAA